AUGAAUAAUCCUGUUUUUAUUGCUGCAAAAACAGCUUUAUCUAAAUAAUUAAAGAUUGCUGAUCCCACUGAAAUGUAUAAAUACUUUGUAACAUAUCCAAAUUUAUGUUCAAAAGAAUAAUUACAGAAAGAAAAUCCCAUAGAAAUACUAAAUAAAUUAAUAUUUUUAGGAGGAUUCCAUGAAAGAAGAAACUGUGGAACUAUAAUUAAAGAUAUGGUUGCUAAUUGCCUCAGAUAAUUUAGAAAUUUUGAGCCUGAUUUAGAUGUUUCAAAUUUAGUUCAACUAUUCUUAACAUUAAGCAAUGUUCUUUUAUAUGAUGAAAAGUUAAUUAAUUUAAUUCUUAAUUAAUUGAAACAAAAGCAAGAUCAAAUUUAAAUUAAAUAAUUACAGUCCAUUACGCAUUGUUUAUUUAAAUUAGGAAUAUAAGAUUAAUAUUGGCCUAAUCUUAUGCAUCAAAAGGUAAUGAGAUACAGUUAAGUAUUUGGAAUUUAAGAUUUAGUAUAACAUAUUCAUAUAGUUAGUAAUUAAGUUUUAUUAAAUAAUUGUUAAGAAGAAAGAUUAUUUUAAUUAUUAGAAUUAUUGCAAUAUAAAUUUUUACAUCAAAAAAAGCAUAUCUACUUAUCUAAAUUUUAAUUUUAGUAUACAUAGUUAUUAUUUAAUUUAUAUCCAGAACUAAUAAAGUAAAAUUAUGAUCAUCCUUAUUGCAAUGAAGAUAAUAAAUAUAAAAUUUUCUUUGAUUAAUUUAAGAAAGAUUAUUAAAUUUGUCGAUUGCUUCUUGAUAGAAAAGUAAAUAGCAUAACAGUGGAUUAUUUUGAAAAUGAUAACUUUCCAAAUUUAAUAAGAAUCAAGGAUGAUGUAAUUGAAAAAAAAAAAUCAUUAUUUGAAUAAAAUAUUGAACAAUUAUUAAAGAGUUUGAAAUUGCAUUAUUAAUAACAAAAAAAAAUAUGCAUUUACGAGAUUGAUUUUUUUGUGGAGAACAAAUUUUUAUUAAAUUGUAAUGGACCAACUCACUAUAUUUAGAAUUUAGAUAAAGAAGUCUUAAGAAUAUCUCCUAAUUUUUUAAUGUAGCAAAGGUAAAAGAUAAUACUUAAAAAAAAGACAUUUGGGACAACUAGAUAAUUAUCAAAUAAUAGACUUAGAUUUUUAUAUUUGGGACAAAUACGAUACAUCAGAUAAAUAUACCUAAGAGUUUAAGAAAUUGUUAAAUUUAAUGUGA